AUGCCCAUAAUGGGUAGACGCGAGCUCACUUCCUGUGACCCCAUGCCCAAGGGUGCCUGUUGCUGGGAUUGGCUGGAGACUGCUCUGAAGAAGCUGAUGGAACAAGCAAAGGGCAUAAUCAACCGUGAACACAUCAAAGGGACCUACCUAUUCGACGCUUUCUGUCUGCAACUCUCAGUACGGUUCUUUACGGUGUUUUGA